UCAAUCCCGUCAUGCAUUUAUCAACAUGGAGAUGAACGAGGUGGUCGCGAUCGUUACUGCAUACCUAUGCUUAUGAAAACUACAACACACAUGACCGGGAUAUUGAAAAGGGAUUGUAAAAAUGCCCAAGAUAUCAAGAAGAAAGCAGUCAAAACCUCAGCACAUAUGUGGUGAAGACGAACCAACAAAUGGAGAAAGCAACAAUGGACCAGUUGGAAAGGAUGCUGUAGAAGACAACAAUGCAAAUAUUGUAGUAACAGAGGAGGAGGAGAAGGAUGAAACAUCCAAAGAAGAGAGUGGGGAGGAAAAUAAUGCUGAAAACUCAGAUGAUAUCAUCCCCUUACAACUAGAAGCUGAAGAUGUUGAUGAUUACUCAAACUUGAAAUGUGAUGAAACUGAUGAUAGAAAUACUUAUGACACCGAUUCUAACCACUCCUAUGAUCAAGGUGGUGGAGACUCUGAAGUUGGACAGUCAGAGGAACAUAAUUUCCAUACUCCAUCAUCAUCUGACCGCAUGUGUGAUUUCUGUGGAGCUGUAAAGAAAAGUCCAUCUGACCUUGCUCGCCAUCUCCUAAAACAUACUGGCGAACAUCCUUUUAAAUGUGAUCUUUGUGAUAAAGCUUUUAAAUCUAAACGAUCCUUACAGCAUCACCAACAUACAAUGCAUGGGAUCAGCCUAGCUGUUUCCAUGGUAGCAAUUGAUGCCAGUAUCACCGCCAACAGAAAACGUAAAUCUGAUGAAUCAGUGGGAUGCCAUUCUUCCCCAGAGAGUGAAACUAAAAAGAUCAAAUCAGAAGUUCAGGAUUUAUACAGUUAUCCAUCUAUGGUCUAUUGUGGAGAACCUCAGGGAUCUGUUUACAUUUCGGACGCAUCAUGUAGCAGUACUGGUAGCUUUAAGAUCAGCCCAACAUCAACAAAACUGUGCUCAGAAGAUGGCAACAACAGAACUUGCCAAGUAUGUGGAAAGACGUGCAGUAAACCAAGUGAUCUUAAAAGACAUAUGAUGAGUCAUACAGGAGAAAGACCAUUCAGAUGUAAUAUUUGUGGCAAAGCUUUUCGAGCCAAAAAUAGUAUGUUUUACCACCAAAAAUCAUCACAUGGCCUCAAUAUUGAACUAAGUCCCGGACUGCAGGAGCGUUUCAUGAAAUUAAAAAAGCAAAGUCGUGUGAAUACUUUGAUGAGCCAGCCAAAUGGAUGUUCCAUAUCAUAUACAAAUGAAGAAUCUAAAGAUGUCCAUAUCCACAAUGAUCCACAGAUGGCAAGUUCUCUACUGUUACAAAAACUAGGACAAAAAGUCAGAUGUGCUAACAAUCAAGUGCUGUAUAGUUAUGAUAUCAAUACACAUGAGGAAGGGGAGGUGGAAUUGGAUGAAAACACCGGACUCUUCAAACAGUCGGGAAGCAUCUUUAACAAACCACUAGUAACAGCAGGAGAUAUAAAACCAGAACCUUUAAAAAUUACCAAUAGUAUGGUGGGCAUGCAAAUUGUACAGGAAUCACACAAAGUCAAGCGCCACAUCUGUGUUAAAAAUGAAACUGUUUUGGUGACCAGGUUAGAUGGGGUGGAUGUACUUACUGCAAAAGAUGUCUCUUUGUAUAAAUGUUACCUGUGUGGCAAGCUUUUUGAUGAUCUGCUGAAAAUUCAGUGCCAUCUAUCGAUGCAUUUUCAAAGGGAUCUAACUCUGUAUCGUUGUCAGCUAUGUGAUGACACAUUUUGGUUCAAGUAUCGGGUCAUAAAUCAUAUCCGUAAGAAUCACCCUAAAGAAUCAAACCUGGCAUUAAAAAAAGCUGAAAAAGAUUUAAAGGAAUCAUUAGAUGAUAAACCAUCAGUAGAUGUCAAUGAAAUUGAAGUUACAGUUAAAGAGGAAAAUGACAAGAAAAAGAAAGAGAAUUCAUUGAUGGAAGGUGAUGAAAAAGUGAAAGUCGAUGAAAUGGAAACUGAAAAAGAUUCAAAGCAGACUGAAGAGAUUGGGAAAAACCAAGAGCCCAUCAAAGACCCUGAAAAAGGGAAAAGAGAAGAGCAGCAAAAUGACCAAAUGGAAGAAACUACCUCAAUCAAAAUUGAAGAAAAUCCAGUUAAAGAAAAAGAAGGGGAUGAAGACGUUACAUCUACCUCAGACAAAGAUAUUACCAAAGAUGUCCCUGUUCCUGACCUCUAUGACUUGUCCAAUAAAGCUAUGAAGUCUGAUCCACUAGGAAAGUUAUACAAAGGAAUAAGAUUUAAAAAGAAACCUAAUGGAUCUUUCAUAUGUUUACUUUGUAGGAAAUCAUUUUACAGGGAGUCGGCUUUACUGCAGCAUAUCAAAAUUCACAAUCAACAACACAUCUGCUACUGUGAGCAAUGUGGUGAUGGCUUUAUGGAGUAUGGAAAAUUAAGGUUGCACAUCAUGGGAGAUCAUAAGAAAAAUGAUGAUGAUGAUGAUACAGCACUGCCAUCAGCUACAGCAAAGAAUACUUUACUCUCUUCUUUGUUAUCAAAAACCUCACAAUGGCACAAACCUCCAACUCCUAGUAUUCCAGUACCAAAUGAUAUGAUUUUUGAGAAAGCCAGAGAAAUUCUGCAAAAAGAAGGAAUACAGGAAGAUGUAACAGUUGUGUUACCAAGUGAACCAGAUGAACAGAAUUCUACAGAGACAAGGAAGGCUAACUUAGACAAUAUUCUAUCAAACCAAGAAUCUGAGAUAUUUGUACAGAAGAACUCUGAUGAAUCUGAAAUCCAGAUAUCCCCAAAACGUCUUUUGAUGUCCAAACUACUCUCAAAAUCAAAAAGAAAAUCAUCACAACCUAUAAAAUUAGAAAAUACUGACCCUAUGGAUUGUGAAAAUGUUGUGGUUACCAGAUCUGACUCAGAGAGAGAGAUAUUUACCAUAAAACAAGAACCUGUUGUAGAUGAAAAAGAGUUGCUUCCCCCUCCAGUCUCAAUUCCAGUUCCAAUAUCUACUUCUUCCUUUCCUGUCAUCAACAGUGAACUGAUGGCAGCCAAACUCAAUAAUCUAGCAAUGUUGCAUCCUGGGAUACAUCCUGUUGUUAUGGCAAACACUCUUGCUACACUAGCGGCCCAAGGUGUACCAAUCACUUCUCAGGGAAUGCUGCUUGCCAGUGGAAAUAUUCUCUCUGGAAUAACUCCUGGUCUCCCCAUGGUAGCUCUUCCACCUCAAACAAGUAAUGGGCUAUUUGGAACAUCAAUACCACAGGUUCAACAACCAGUACAUUGUAAUCCUACAAUUAGUGUACCCAUUUCCCUGACAAUUGCAAAACAAGAAAGUGAGGACCCAGUAAUUAUUAAAGAAGAACCAAAAAGUCCUAUAGAAAAUAUUGAUUCUAAUUCUAAUCAUUCUUCUAAUGUCUCAAAUGAUGAAUUAUCAGAAUCCGACAGAGAAAAACUUGUUGGAUGUCCAAGAGUUCAGUGGAAUGAUUCAGAUAAAAGUGAGCCUAUGCUUGAAGGGAAUCCCAGCAAUUUACCAUUAAGUUUGCAACAAGGAUGGGGGUUGUCAUCAGAUGGGAGAAAAGUCACAUCAUUAUCAAGGACACAUUCAAGAUUGCCAGUAGUAAGCACUCCAGUAGACAGAGAAAAAAUUUGUAAACCAACAGUGUUAGCAGAUGGAAGGACUGUGUUCAGAUGUCCUUUUUGUAAUAAAGACUUCUUAUCUUACUCAGACAUCAAUAGACAUAUGGACUUUCACGAGGACAUCAGACCAUUUAAAUGUAAAUACUGUGAAUAUUAUGCCAGGACAAACAGCCAACUAAAAGUACAUAUGAUGAGGCAUCAAGGAAUACGUGAAUUCUGCUGCAAGCUAUGUAACUAUAAAGGUGUUACUCAAUCUGAUCUGAAUCGUCACAUGAAAUCACAGAUUCACUUACUGAAGGCCAAGCAUGCAUGUCCACAUUGUGACGAAGGAUUUGUUACCCCACGCAACCUGGAUCGUCACCUUGAUGGCAACUGUAUUGUCAAAAUGCAAAAGCUUGAAACUGGGGAACUUAUUUUGAAGUGACCUACAUUUAAGUUUUAUUUUUAAAGUAGCAUGCUUGAGGUUAUUAAAUAACAAGAUAAAAAUCCUUUGAAUGUCUUUUUCAAGGAUGUUUUUUGCCUACUGUGUGGAGGAAAUUUUAAGAUUGAUAUUUUUAAAGAAAUGCCCCUAGAAAGGACAAGGGAAUAGAAUAAACAAAGUUAAUGUUAUUUAAUGAUGUUUAAAUAGACUGAGUCUAGCCAUAAACUUUUAAAAAGAAAGAAAUUGUUUUAAUGUGUUUUUGUGUACUUCAAUCAAAGUAUCAUUGUUAUUUUUAAUGUUGGGUAAAGAUGAUGGUUAUUUGUUAAUAUUUUUUCUUAUUUUAUAUAUGAUGCUUUUGUGUUGCAGUUUUACCUCAGUUAUUAAAAUACAUUCACUAUUUCAUUCCAAAAUUGAUCAUUCCGUUUGUUUAUGAUUCCAGAAUUAUAUAUAUAUAGUUGGAAGUUUUAUCUAUCAUUUAGUUUGUACAUAUUUAUAUUUUUAUAUUGGUUUAUCUUUUCAUAUUUUAUUACAUAUUUCUAUCAUUCCAAAAGAUUUUCUGUACUAAGGAAGAAAACAAUUGUUUUUUUUCUGUUAUGUUUAAUCUGUUACAAUUUAUUUUUUGUCAGAUUUAUUUUAUAUAAUUCAGUUUGUUAACUCCUGUAUGCUUCAUUGAUGAUUAGCUUACACAUAUCUAAAGAUGGUGUCUCAUUUGGGAUAGUUCAAUUAUUGACAUUAGUAAGCUAUAUAAGAGAAUGAGUGAUAACUGUGUAUAUAAUCCUCGAGGGGUCCACUUCCUGUAUACAAGGUGAUAGGACGUGCUGCUGGAAUAGUUCAGCUUUUCAAGCUUGAAAAUAUGUGAAUAGGUGAGGAAAACUAUCAGAAAUAUAUGAUAAGGUCAAUAAAGUUCUGUCAUCUUUCUUGGUGUUCACAGCUGUGUUUUAUCAACCAAUUUUCACUCAUUUGACACUUUGGUAUUUCACUGUUACAUUACACACUAAACCAAACCAAAACCAUAUGGGGAAAUGGUAACAUAUUUACCUACUUAAUAUAUAAAAAGGUAUACAUUUUUGAAAUCUAAAUUAUAUAAAAAGGGUGGGGUAACGAAACUUAGCGGCACACUCUAUCAAUUAAAUAUUGAAGUGGCUUCCCGGGAUAUAAUCUGUAAAAUCAGAAAACAGUUUUUCAAAAACUGCAUUACUUUGCUUUCUUAAAAUGUAUCUUUUAAUUAGGAUUCAUCAAUCAGUUGUAAUGGUCUGAUAAGUGUGAUUAAUGUAUUGUGAAAUGACAUUCAUUGAUGUUUGGUAUAAAAAUUAAAGUGUAUUAUAUAUUAUGAAUUAGAAUUUAUACCUAUCCACUCAUACUACCCACUGUAUAUAGAUAUAGAAUAUAGAUUGUUUAGGAUUUUAUUUUUAUGAAUACUUGUGUUAUGAAAAUCAAAACAAAGAACAUUGUACUUCUUUUAAAGCCUAUUGCAUUGAGUGUGUUGGCAAAGGUUAUAUAUUUUUAUAGCUUGCUUGCUUGCCGAACUGUGAAGUUGUUAUUAUGUUAGGUAAACUACCCUCCUUUAAGAUAAGAUUAAUCCGAUAAAUAACCAAACUAUCUGUCUGUAGGACCAGACUUCUUUGAAAGGAGGCUAGUAUACCUUACCUAAUAAUGACUUCACAGUUCAGCUAGCAAGCAAGCUAACCAAAAAAAAAUACCUUUACCUACACACUCAAUGAAAUCUGCUGUAAAUUUUAAGAAAGGCUUCCCCUUUGCUUUUAUACAUUUCUUUUGGUGAACCUACUUUUUGAAGCAGAGUUUUAAGAAAACUGGGUCGUACAUUUAGAUUUCUGAUUAAUCACAUUUGUUUUAAAAAAUAAGAGACAUAACAUUAAGAAAUUUUGUAAUUUAGCUUAGCAAAUAUAACACCUUUGAAAGUUCAUGCUGUUAUAGAAUUGUUUGUGAAAAUAAUCCAUAUAAAUAAGUAAUUGUUCUUCAGUUGUGUUAGUAAAGAGUUUUAACUCUGUGCAAGAGGUAUAGUAAUAGCAAUAAAAGGAAUAUGCGAAAAAGACAUAUAACUUUUCAAUUAAAGAUAAAUUACAUGUAUUUAAAAUAAAGUAGACAUCAGUUACCUAUCUUAUUAUGAAUGAAAAUUGGUUCUGAAAGUAAAAACUUAGUUUACAUGGAUAUCUGUAAAAUUAAUAAUUAAUUUGCCAAAGGUUUUCACUCAAUUAAUUAAAUUACAAUUCAAAGACUAGAUUUUUAUGAUCAGAUAACUCAUAAGAUUAUUAAAAAAAUCUGUGAAGAUAAUGAAUAUUCCCUCAAAAUUUUAAUGACUUAUCAAAAAACUUAUUUUGUAGAAGACCCCUAAUUCAUUGAAAUAUGUAAUGAUUUGCCUUUCUUGUCAAUCAUAAAUAAAUUUCAGCUCUGGUUCAUUUCACUUUAAACAUGCAUGAACUUUAAGUUUUAAAUUACAUCUACUAUAAACAUCUUCUUUGUACGGUACAUUCCAAGCAUGAUUUUUUAAUGGCAGUGUAGUAUGGUGAUAAAAUUGUGAUAGCACUGUUAUGUUUGUAAAGUUUAUGUUUUUGAGGGUGGAUAUUUUAUGGACAUGUAUAUAUAAAUUGUUUUUAUCGAUGUUUAUUACCCAGUAUAUAUGGUGUACAAUUUUGUUAAUAUCGUUAUAUAAAACCAUCACCAAUAAUGUUCCACAUCUUUCAAUUGAGAUUUUCCUCAACACAAUUUUUAAGUUCUGACCCCAAUUUUUCGCGGUCCACUGAACACAGAAAAUGAUAGUGCAAGUGGGGCAUCCGUUUACUAUGGACACAUUCUUUUUACAUUUAAAAAAAAAGUUAAAUUCCAGUAAUGAUAGCUGUUUAAAUUUAAAAAAAAAAAAUUAGAAAUUAAUUCAUUACAGAAGCUUCAGUUAUUUGACCUGAUGCAAUAUCUUUGUAAUUUGGUUUGUGAGAAUAAAGAUAUAUAUAUAUAUAAUACAUGAGUAGGGUAAAUGUCUCGUUAAGUCCCAUCAGUUAUUAUGACAUUUUGGAAGUACAUGUAUAUGGUAUAUAUUUUGCAUUUUUAAAAGUCUGUUUAGAAAAUUGUUGAAAAUUAUUUUACUAUAGAUUGAAGGUGUAAUUUCCAAAUAGGCCCAUUGCUGGAUAAUGGUUGUUGUCUGUUUGAUUUAUAUUCCAAUAAAUGUAAUGUAAAAUAUAUGUAACUUUGUUGUACAAGUUUGUAGACAAAUACAUUAUGCUGUCUUCAGAAUUGUGUCUGUCUAUUCAUUUUCUAUAUUUUGAUUUUGAAAUGGAAGUUAGACAUUGAAUUUUUUUUAGAACUUACAGGGUUCAAAUAGCGGUAAGUCAAUGAAAUCUGAUGGCAAAUUUUGAUUAGACUUAUUGAAAAAUCAAUCAUUCCAACAAGAAAUUUUGUAAGUUUAUCAAUGCGAAAUAAUGUGUGAUGAAUAGGUAAAAUAUGUAUAUAAUUGUUCUUCUAAUACUGGGUAUUGUUGAUUGACAUUUUAUUCUAUUGUGAAGUUUUAUUUUUAUAUAGAUAACUAAUAGGUCAUAUGAUUCCGUUUUCACAAAUCAAUAUAUUGUGGUAUUUCAUCUUUCACAAGUUUUCAAAGAUUAUAAGGUUAAUUUUGUUAUUGUUAUAAGAAUUUUAAUAUUAUUAUAGUUUAUUAUUGACUCAGAUGGUUUCCUUUUACUGAGAUUAAUAGCAUUGAAACAUUUUAUUCCAAUAUAUAGAAAUUUUAUUUGUCUUUCCCAGGCCAGACUCGCAUCUAUUGCAUUCAGUCUGUGAUAAAUUCCAUGAGCAACAAAAAUGUUAAAAGGAAAAUGUAUAUCUAAAUGUUUAUUUACACUUGAAAAAAAAACUGUUUAAAUUGAAGUUUUCCUAAUGCUGAUAUACAUCAAGCACUACUCUUACACCUUACAUUUCAUGUAAUGAAAUAGAGGUUGGAUAAAUGAGUUCUCUCACUAGCCAGAGAGGAAAAUUUUUCAUAAAGUUUAAACGUGAAAUAAAGUAAUUGAAUUAUUUGGGAAGCUAAUGAUUUUUAAUUAUUUAUCUAUUUUCUCAAAUAUUCAAAUAAAAAAAAGAAGACACAGAGACAAAAUAGCACAUGCAUUGUACAAUAAUCAAAGCGAAAAUUUCAAGCCAUUAAAUAAAAAUGUUGUCAGAAAUUUUAAGUCUACUGAAAAGAUCUGGGAGACCAAGUUAUAGCUUUUAUAUCUUCAAUCACAACAAAUAAAAAUAUUUAGGAACAGUAGUUAGCAGCAUAUAUGGGUCCAUUUGUGUACAUUCCAAUUUUACACUAUUAUUUUGUUGUUGUUAAGAAUAUAUAUAAGAAAAAUUACAUUUAUAAAAGCAUGUUACAAUUUAUUAUUUGUUUAUAUCUCUCACAUUUCUUUUUCUUUUUUUUAGAAAGUUUGUUUGAUUUAAAAUUGAAAAUAAUUAAUUCACAAACAAAUACUUUGCCCUUAUGUAAGACUCAGCAAUUAUUUUUAAAAAUUCGUUGAUUCUGUUUGUUGUUUCAAAAGCUGUGAUUUGCUGAAAUUUUUAAUGACCAAUAUUGUUCUUAUCAUAUUUGUUGAUAGACUUCCGAAACAUUUUAUGCUUCUGUUUUAUAAUUGUUUCAUUUAAUUGGUAGAUAUAUGAUGAUGAAAUUAUUUUCAACUGUAUUUUUUCUGAACCCUUGAAUAAGUGAAUAUUCACAGAAUUUGUUUAACAAUGACCAGAGUUUUUUUAUUGAUCUGAAAAUUUGUAUUUCAUCAUUGUUGUUUUUAAAAUAUAUCAGAAUUCACAAACCAUUUUAUUGAUAUCAUCUUGGUAACUCAUUAGACGCAAAUGUUUAGAUAUAUACAUUCCGUGAACACUUGUAAAUGCUGUGCACUUUACCUUUACUUGUGCUUUCAUUUGUAAAAAUCCAUCAUUUAAGUAGUUUUAGUCAGGGAAUAUUGAUACAAAGUCAGACCUCUGUAACAACUGGUGUAGAAACGGUACUUUUGGGAAUUUCCAACAGUAGAAUUCAUCUUACAUUAUAUGUGUACCAUUUACCAAAAUUAAUUCAUGGGAAAAUUAAAAAGAGAAAGGGGGGGGGGGUGUCUCCACAUACAAAAUUGGGUACUGGCAACACAUUUUCACAGACAUUUAACUGAACACAUAUGACCCAUUGAUACCUCAGUGAAAUUGCACCCUAACUCUAUAUUUUACAUUCCAAAAAAGAUGCCCAUACCAGUUGCACAUCUUAGUAUAACUUUAUUGAGCCCCCCAAAUCCCCCUGAGAUGGUCGUCUAGCUUUAUUCGUUCAUCAAAUAAUAAGAAAUUGUUGGGUUGCAGGAGUAAAUUUUUUUCAACAUAAUAAUUUAAUAAAUUUGCUGUACACACUUUUCUAUUAACUAAAUUAUCUGAUUUAUCUCCCCUUCCUCUGGAUUAAAUCUUGCUUAUUAUAGUAACAAUUUGGAAUGAUCAUUUACUCUCAAGUGAGAUCCAAGAUGGGGAAAGACUCUCAUGCUACCUCAAGUCUAUAUCUUAAUCAGUUUCUUUGUAUUGUUUAAACUGUAAAAGAUCAUUUAUGGUGAAAAGUUUAUUAAUCGCAACCAUAACCAAACAAUUGUUAAUGUAUUUUCACUUAUCUGGUUAGUUUCUAGCUGAAUUGUAGGCUAUUAUGUUUCCUCUUUUAUGAGAAUUGACAAUAUCUUAGACUUUCUCUUUGCACUGUCCAAUUCCGAUUGUUUUUGGAUAAACAUAACAAGAAAGAUACUGAUUUUGAUGAAGAUUUUUAUGGUUAAACCACCUCACAUGAAAAUAUAGAGAUGUGUUAUACAAGUGUUUACUAUAAGUUCAAAGUACACAGAUGUAAUCACUAUUUUUACAUCAAUGAUUAAGAAGUUGAAUUAUGUAAGCUAUAAAAAAAAAUCUCCAUAAGUCUAUGUAUGUUGUCUCUUUUAAAAAAAAUACUGUUAAUAAGCAAAACCAAUCAAACAGAUGGUGGCAAUUAAAUACAGCCUCAAUAAGAAAUUAUUUGCAAUUUUUUGUUUUGCUUUUUAGAGUAUAAACUUGUCAUUUAACGUCUUUCUACACCAGUUUAGUCCUACUUUUGUUUAUAUCACUACCUCCUCACAGAACUUGUAUUAAACCAAAAUGUAUAUUGGUAAUCCAACAAUAAAUGUUUUAACACCCCA